AUUAAUUUUAGGUCCGACGGAAGCGCCGCGUUUACUAAGCCUAUACCCGACACAAUCACCUCGUGGUUUAUCAGCGCGUUCGCAAUGGACAAUGAGACGGGUCUGGGAAUCGCUGACAAAAGUGCAAAAGUGACAGUUUUCCGGCCAUUUUUCAUCAAACUAUCGCUGCCUUACUCUAUAAUAAGGGGCGAAUCGGUGGCACUGAAGGCCAUUGUUUUCAAUUACAUGAACAAAGAGAUUGAGACCGAAGUUGUGAUGAACAAUAAAAAGGGUGAAUUUGAGUUCACAGAUACCGGUAAUGAACUUCACGGUCGGUCCACCCGAUCGGCCGACGGCCAGUCGGGCACUGAAAUGAGAAAGAAAAUCAAGAUUCCGGCCAACGAUGGGGUGUCCGUCGAGUACGUGAUUACUCCCAAAACUGUGGGCUAUAUUGACAUACAAUUAACGGCCACCACAUCUGCCGGCGCCGGAGACUCAGUGCUCGACAAACUGGUGGUCAAACCCGAGGGUCAGACACAGUAUUUUAAUAAAGCAUUGCUCGUCGAUCUCAGACCAGAUGCCAACGCCAAUGCAGGCGCUCCUAAACCGUCGGUUAAGAAAAACAUGUCGAUCUCAAUGCCCGCCAACGCAGUGCCCGGCUCUGAGAGGGUGUCGGUGUCGGCCAUCGGAGACAUUAUGGGUCCGGCGGUUAACAAUUUGGAUGAUUUGCUUCGUAUGCCAUACGGAUGUGGAGAACAGAAUAUGCUUAAUUUUGUGCCGAAUAUCGUUGUAUUGAAUUACUUGAAAGCAACCAAUCGUUUGACACCAACUCUACGACAGAAGGCGUUGAAGAAUAUUGAGAGCGGAUAUCAAAGGGAACUGACGUAUAGGCGAGAGGACGGAUCGUUCAGCGCCUUUGGCAACAGUGACCGCAACGGCAGCACUUGGCUCACGGCGUUUGUGCUCAAGUCGUUCAUUCAGGCAAAGGGUGUGACAGAGAUUGACCAGAAAGUGAUCGAUGGGGCCAUCAAUUGGCUCUUUGAACGCCAACACUCUGACGGCUAUUUCGAGGAACCGGGAGUUGUGUUGCAUAAGGCAAUGCAAGGCGGGUCCACUGGGGGUAAGGCUGUGCUCACAGCCUAUGUGCUCAUCGCUAUACUCCAGGAGCCAAAGACAAGGGGUGACAAUAACACAGUCAAAAGUGAUGGCUUUGUUAAGGCAGAGACUUAUAUACGAAAUGCAUUGAAUGAAACUCAAAACCCGUACGACUUGUCUAUUAUGGCCCACGCGUUGCAUUUGGCUGACAGUCCGGCCGCCGGUCAGGCGUUUGACAAACUGAUGGCGUUAUCCAAAAACAGUGGCGAAUACAAGUGGUGGGAAGCGAGUGACCAAAAGUCGGAGGGAGUGACUGAUUAUAGCCCUAAACUCGUGCCCUUUGGAGGCAAUAGUCAUUACCCGAACUCGUAUGCCGUGGAGUCGACGGCCUAUACUUUGUUGACAUUAGUCGGCAAAAGUGAUUUGGAGACAACAGUUCCGGUCCUUCGAUGGCUUAUCUCAAAGCAAAACUCAAACGGAGGGUUCGCCUCCACUCAGGACACUGUGAUUGGCAUUCAGGCGUUGGGAGCGUUGGCCCAGAAGUUGUCCACUACUAAGCCCUCAAUAGAUGUUAUGGUUAAAUACAUGUCACCCGAGGCUAAAGUCGAGGAGUUGAAGAUUGACGACACAAACUCAUUGGUCUUACAGCGCAUACAAUUGCCCGCAAAUACCACUAACGCCGAGAUCGAGGCCCGAGGGGUUGGCGCGGCUAUAGUACAGGUGUCCUAUCAGUACAAUUUGGCCAAUGAUGCGGAAAAGCCCGCCUUCUUCUUGAAACCAGUGGUGGACAACACGUCGACCGAUAACUAUAUGCGACUCAACGUUAGCACACAUCUAUUGGAAGGAAAUGCGACAAAUAUGGCGGUAAUGGAAGUGGAACUUCCCUCAGGGUUUGUGGCCGAUAAGGACAGUCUCCCGGCCCUCGACUCACUCAUCAAACGUAUCGAUACGACAAAAGGCGACACAAAUGUUAUCAUUUAUUUCGAAAAAAUAACUGGCGAAGACAUAGGCGUGACUUUAGGCGCCCAUAGAGUGCAUAGAGUGGCCAACAAUAAAGCGGUUCCCAUCACUGUAUAUGACUAUUACGAUAGACAGCAAACGGCGCGCGUAUUAUACGAACCAAAUGUGAUUAGUGUUAAGAAUAUGACUGCAGGCCUAUAGGAAACAGUAUUGAUUGGGCGAGAUUUGAACAUCUUUUCUAAAUUGUUGGAUUAGUAA